UAUGGGCUGGAUUCCAUUCGCUACCUGCGAAAAGAAGAGAAACUGGAGACCUUCCUUGAGAACUACCGAAACUGGGCCUUCAUCGCGCCAGAAUACCGAGAAACCCCACCUGCAGCACCUAGCCCCGUCAUGGAUUCCUUCAGUUAUGGUACCAUUCUCGCCGAGGUAGCGCAAAGACGUGAGGAUCCCGAUGACAUCGACCUGCCAGAUCUGGAUCCAGUAGAGCGGGAGGAGAUCAAAAAGGCCUGGUGGGAUUAUCCUCUACCUAUGCACGAUGCAUUCCAGGGUGGAGACGAAUGCACACCAGAUGAAAAGGAUUAUAUAAAUUUGAUCAAGAAUUGUUGGGGACCAAGCGAAAUUCGACCUACCUUCGAAAUGAUCAAAGCAAAGAUGGACUUGAUCAAUCCUCGACGAAAGAAUCCGAUUGACAUCAUUUUGAGCCUGAUGGAGAAGUAUUCGGCCCAUUUGGAGAGCAUUGUUAACGAAAGGACGCAGGACCUCAUUGUCGAGAAACAAAGGACUGAUGAACUUCUGCACAGCAUGCUACCAAAGUCUAUCGCAAACCAGCUUCGCAGCGGACAACCAGUUCCUGCAGAAGCCUACGCAUCAUGCACAAUCUACUUCAGCGACAUCGUCGGAUUCACCAACAUCUCUUCAGACUCGACUCCAUUUGAAGUUGUGGCACUGUUGAACAAGCUCUACAGCGAGUUCGAUCAGAUCAUCGAUCGAUAUGAUGUCUAUAAAGUGGAGACGAUUGGUGAUGCAUAUAUGGUUGCGUCCGGUGUACCACGAAGAAAUGGGCUUCGCCAUGCUGUGUCUGUGACAGACAUGGCGCUGGAUCUGGUUGAGGCCUCACACUCCUUUGUCAUCCCUCACUUACCAGGCGCGCCACUGAAGAUACGCGUUGGCCUACACUCAGGUACAGUUGCUCUUAUAAAUUUUAAUUCACUGCGUUAUAUCUACUUUCUGCUAUGGCCGGUAUGCGCCGGCGUAGUGGGAUUGAAGAUGCCCCGUUAUUGCCUCUUUGGUGACACUGUGAAUACCGCAAGCAGAAUGGAGAGCACUGGCGAAGCCUACAAGAUACACUGUAGUGACGCAACCCACGAAAUCCUCGAAAAGUUGGGAGGGUUCCUUUUCCAGGAGCGUGGAACAAUUGAAGUCAAGGGCAAGGGUGCAAUGCGAACCUGUGGCCCCAGCUCGAAACGGCGGGGUUCUACAGUGCGCAAUAUGAAGCCGAAGAAGUCUAUCUGCUCGGUUUCAAGCAAUGGAGGCGGCACGAUCGUCGGCGCGCAGUUCGGCGACACGGCCAAAAAUCCGGCCAUUGAGAUCAUUGCACCGGAACUCAUGGUUGACCAGAAGGGCUCAGUGUUAGAUGCCGGAGAUAAGGACAAGCUCGUGAGUAGUGAUCCGAAGAAACGCAGCAGCAAGACCAGCCUAGCCCCACCAGAAUCUACCAGAUAA